AGUGCGGGGUUCGUCGGUGUCUUUCUGCUGUUGCUCCUGGAGCUCUCUGCGAUGAUAUAUGUCGAAUUGUUUUGCGAUUCUUUCGUCCUUUGGGUUUUGAAAAAUCAAAGAUUUGUUGGUGAUAUCCUCAAUCGUUCUCUCCUGCUUCCGAUUAUCUGUGCAGCAUUAAUCUUAUCGAUACCAUCGUCCCGCAAUGGCCUUCACGCAAUGUCCAGGAAGCUCAUGGCAAGUACCACCAUUUGCGAGCUAUGGUUGGGGCCCAACGGAUAGUGCAAUGCUAUCGGCUUGGUCUGCCGCUUGCAAUACUCAGCGUUCAGGAAAUAGCAGCUCUGCUAGCAUCACACAAACGAAUUCGAUAUCGACGACUUCAGCAGUAUCGACUUCUACGUCAGCAAACUAUAGCUCAACGAUCAAUGUGUUGGCGAUUACGACUCCAAAACCUUCUUUGGGUGGCAAUAACACGAGCACGUCCACUGCAACGAUCGAUUUGACUUCGGGUAGAAACUCCUCGAGCAGUUCCCCAGCUUCGGCACCGAUUCCGACCACUAGUUCGAGUGCCGUCCUAGCCGGCACCAAGAACAUAAACGCCGUCGUGGGCGGGGUCAUUGGAGGACUAGGACUUCUUUGCUUGAUUGUAUUUGGGGUAUUGAUACUGCGGAAAGUUCAAAGAAGUGAGGACCGCAAGCCAAAAAGGAAUCGAUCUUGGUGGCGGUUUCGUCAGAACACGGCCAUGCAAACUGGUGGUCUUCAUGAGAAGGCUGGAACUGCUUUUUGGAGGUACGAGAAAGAUGGACAAUCAAAAAUCAUACAUGAAAAGGAAGGUGAUGGGCCGAGAAGACAAGCAACUGAACUUUCUGCUGAAACGAUCUUUGAGAUGGAACAAGACGGAUAACUAAUUGGGAAGUCGCAAUGAUCCAUGACUUCAAAGACAACAAGUUGACUUUCCUCCUUGAUAACAAAGUCCCCAGCGAGCAGCAAAUGCAGGAGUGCUCUCACAUG